GCGUCUCUAUUGGCAAUAUAUUAGUCGCUCAUUACUAGCACUCGCGUCAGCUCAUUUUAACAAGUACGUGUAUAUAUACAGUAUAUAUAUAUACUGUAUAUAUAUAUAUAUAGACACGACGAAGAAUUACAAUUUUAUACGUCCUUGGCCUUGUCCUUACUUUCAAGACUAUAAGCUACCGAGCUAACAUUUGUUAGCUUUAGCGUCGAAGGUAAUGUCCCUUAAUCAGGAAAUAUGGUGGGAUUUAAGGGACAAAAGGCAUUUAGGUUAUAUCAAUAACCUACUCAAGUAGUCCAGAUUCUUCCGUCUACCCUGGUAUUGGAAACUGGAUUCUAUCUCAGCUGAUCGUCAGUGAUUUAGCAACACAGAUGGCAAAGGAGAAAUAUGGCUGGCUGGAAUAUCACUUCGACCCCUACAAAGAGAUGCUGAAGUCAGCCUAGACAUUCAGCUUGAAACAUUAUGGCGCCUUUGUCUUAUCAGAAUCGGCUGUAUUGGUUUGGGAGGCUAAUCUGUUAUGUCUACCCUGAUGGCGGCACAAAGAGAUGAUGAGGAAUGAGGAACAAAGGGAGACUGAUGAGCCCCAAUGCUUUAAAAGCUGGAUAACAUCUACUGCUACAACCUUAAUGGGAUCCGAUACAAGAUAACAUCUAUAUGGACUGAUAAUGGAAGGAAGUCGGGCGUGGCUCAAUCCGCUACAUCCAAGACCAUCCCUAUGGUGUUUGAUUGGGUUGAGCACACCAGGAGAGCUCUUCCUUGCUCCCGGUUACAGCUGUGCCAUGCCAUGCUCGACGCAGCUGCUUCUAUUCCCUCCACACCUCACUGACCCGCUUCCUGGAGGCUCGUUCUGGAGCUCAGGGCAAAAGCGGUGAGCUCUGAGGUAUCUGUCUGCCUGCCUAGCCUGACUCAGCAGGACCCGUCAAUGUGCCUGAGGCUGCACGAAGCGCCGCUGUCUGACCCCACUAUGCCAGCUCCCACCCAGCAGGCCCUGAUCUACAUCCUCCUGCUGUGGACCACCAUCCUCUCCAUCACACAGGUGGUGUGCAUGGUCUUCUUCUUCACAGCAGCAGGACGUAAUGGCACGUUCCGGAAGCCGAUCACUGAAGUGUCACAUGUCCCACAUGAGCCAUUUAAGAGUAACAAUUCACAGUCUCCAAAUGAAGCAGAGCAUCAAGGGGGCGAAGGCAAAAUGCUCACAUACACCGCUGUUGGAGGCACAGGAGCAAUUAAAUGGACGGCAAAGCAUCCGGACACAGACUUGAUCUCGGAGUCAGGCUCUGCUCUGACCAUCAUGAAGGACGGCUAUUACUUCCUGAGUCUGCAGGUGACGCUGUACUCGUUCCAAGAGACAACGCGGCCCCAAAUAGUGACCCUUGAGCGCAAGAGCAACAGCAACAUGAAAGUCCUCCUGCAGGGUACCAUUAACCCCCACACGUACACCACAGGCCUCCUGGGCAAGGUGGAGGAGCUGUUUGCAGGAGGAAGCCUGGAGGUCACCAUCAGCCCUGCAAGCAGGAAUAUCAAUAACAAGGAAUGGCUGACUCACCUGGACAUCAUCUACUUGGCCAAGCCUGACUUAUAAGGCUGGAGUCAACAUGGAGGUACAUUACACUUGCAGUACAUUUGUUUUUAUUUUUUUUUACAAAAAAUACCAUUUAAAGUGAUUAAAGCAUCAUCACUACAACUUUCUGUUGGGAAAUUUAAGUUAAGAUGUGUGUAUGGAUUUCUAAUUUAAAGGCAGAAUGUUUUAUUGUGAAUGGCAAACAUGAUUUAUUUCAUAUUUGUAUUUAUUGUUAUAUUUCACAUACAUAAUGAUUUUAAUGUAUGAAUAGGUAGGUGAUAAUUCAAUAUUUAACACAUUUAAAUACCUACCUACUGUACUAAUGAGUA